AUGACUGGCGACGGACCCAACACAUUCGUCACAGAUGGUAUCACGAUAACGUCGCCUAGUGUGGCCAUAUCCUUCGCCAGUGUCUCACGUGUCGAUGGAUGCUUCACCACCUUGGAGAGCACCAUUAUCGUUGUCUCAGCGUCCGAAGUGAUGUCUGCUCGUUCAGCCAGAGCACUGUACGACCACAAGCCAUUCCGCUACCAAGAUCUCAAUUACAAAUGUCAGCCUGCGAAUAGCUCGACAUCGUGGAUCCAGGAUGAGCCUGGUGACGACUGUUUCCAGCAAGUCCCUGCCGCUGCCUACUUCGUUGGAGAAUCUGCGUUCGCUUGGGAUGAGUACUAUCCUACCGCAUAUACUCGGGCACUGACUAUAGGAGAUGACUAUCGGCCCUAUAUCCUGUUACCGUCGACGAUGACAGAAUGGGCAAACAGUGUCUUUCACACCACGAGCUGCGAGAUCCAAGUCAACGGGAUAUGGGAUCCCCCACGAGCAUUGAUUCCUGGGACCACCGUUGCGACACCAGUCGUGGCUUGGUCGACUCCUCCUGCUGCAGCUGCAUCAAGCACUGUUUCUGCUGUUCCAGCAGAGGCUGACCAUACUCAACUGCCUGAGACAUCCACAUCACAGAUUCCAGCGACAAGCACCGCACUUGCGGACAAUUUAGGCAGCGAGUUCUCCUCGUCAAACGAACCUAGCGCCGUGACGAAUACGGUGACUCCCGAAAGUCCAGUCGCAGCGCCUUCACAAGACUCGCAGUAUCACAGCGCCGGCGGUAUGCAGCCUUCUGCGUCCGCCUCAUCAAGUAUGCAUGAAGAAUCUAGCCAACCUGAACCCAACGCUUCAACAAAUGUCAUGGAUACCUCAAUACAAGACUCGCAAUAUCUCAGCGCAGAUGCCGGACAGUUUUCUACGCCCGCGUCAUCAAGUGUACAGAAUGAAUCGAGUCGAGUGCCCACAAUGGAUGCUUCAAAACACAUCUUGAGCACGUCAACGCAAGACUCGCAGUAUCUCAGCGAAAGCGCUGGUCAGACUUCUAUACCCGGCUCGGUGAUUACGCCAGAAGAGUCUAGUCAAUGGCCUAAUUCAGAUGCUUCAGCGAGUAGCACGAGCACAUCUGCGGAUCCAUAUACGGCUGCAAUCAACACUGUAGCCACCCCAUCCCAUCCAUCAGGAUCUUCUCCAGCUACAACAGUCGUGGCAUAUCAGGGUAGAGCUGCAGCUGUCGAAACCUCUAUUGGCGGAUUGUUGAUAGGCUUGCUCUGUUACACUUUGCUCACAUGA